GCAGGGCGGGCGGAGCCGCAGCUGGCAGGCGGCGAAGGGGGCUGGCCAGGCUGCGGAGCGGCCCCUGCGGCUUUUCCUGCCCGAAUCUCCGCGCUCCCGGCCCGGCUGCCUCCCCCGGCCCUGCCAUGCCGCUCUCCGGCCCCGGGCUGCUGCCCUGCCCGCCGCCCCCUACCCGGCGCCCCCUCUGAAAGCCCGCCAGGAUCGGUCCCCUCCCUCACCCCAGCCCGGGCUAGCGACCGAGCCCCGGGGAAAGGAUGGUGCAGAAAUCCCGCAACGGAGGCGUGUACCCGGGUGCGACCGGAGAGAAGAAGCUGAAAGUGGGGUUCGUGGGGCUGGAUCCAGGCGCCCCGGAUUCCAACCGGGAUGGGGCGCUGCUGAUAGCCAGCUCGGACAGCACCAAGCGGGGCAGCAUCCUGAGCAAGCCCCGCUCCGGGAUCUCCGGGACGGGGAAGCCCCCCAAGAGAAAUGCCUUUUACCGCAAGCUGCAGAAUUUCCUCUACAACGUGCUGGAGAGACCCCGCGGCUGGGCCUUCAUUUACCACGCCUACGUUUUUCUCCUAGUUUUCUCCUGCCUGGUACUAUCCGUCUUUUCAACCAUCGAUGAGUAUCAGAACAGCUCAGAAGGGGCCCUCUACAUCCUGGAAAUAGUCACCAUCGUGGUGUUUGGUGUGGAAUACUUCGUGAGAAUCUGGGCUGCCGGUUGCUGCUGUCGAUACCGGGGCUGGAGGGGAAGGUUAAAAUUUGCCCGCAAACCCUUCUGUGUCAUUGACAUCAUGGUGCUGAUUGCGUCCAUUGCCGUGCUGGCAGCGGGAUCCCAAGGGAAUGUCUUUGCCACCUCGGCUCUCAGGAGUUUGCGGUUCCUGCAGAUAUUACGCAUGAUACGAAUGGACCGUAGAGGUGGUACCUGGAAGCUGCUGGGGUCUGUGGUCUAUGCCCACAGCAAGGAGCUGAUUACUGCCUGGUAUAUUGGCUUUCUGUGCCUCAUUCUGGCCUCUUUCCUGGUGUACUUGGCUGAGAAAGGAGAAAAUGAGCACUUUGAUACAUAUGCAGAUGCGCUCUGGUGGGGUCUGAUUACACUCACCACCAUCGGCUAUGGGGACAAGUAUCCACAGACCUGGAAUGGGCGUCUCCUGGCUGCAACUUUCACCCUCAUCGGGGUCUCCUUUUUCGCCCUCCCUGCUGGCAUUUUAGGUUCUGGCUUUGCCCUGAAGGUUCAAGAACAGCAUCGGCAAAAGCACUUUGAGAAGAGGCGAAACCCUGCAGCUGGCCUGAUUCAGGCUGCUUGGAGGUUCUAUGCCACCAACCUCUCUCGAACUGACCUGCACUCUACCUGGGAGUACUAUGAACGGACAGUCACCGUUCCCAUGUACAGCUCACAAACGCAAACGUAUGGUGCCUCCAGACUCAUUCCGCCUCUGAACCAGCUGGAACUCCUCAGGAACCUGAAGAGCAAAUCGGGACUGACUUUCAGGAAAGAGCAGCAGCCUGAGCCAUCACCCAGUCAGAAGGUCAGCUUGAAAGACCGUGUCUUCUCCAGUCCCCGAGGUUCUGGAACUAAAGGGAAAAGCUCUCCACAGGCUCAGAGCCUCCGGAGAUCCCCCAGCGCUGAUCAGAGCAUUGAAGAUAGCCCGAGCAAGGUGCCCAAAAGCUGGAGCUUCGGAGACCGAAGCCGAGCCCGGCAAGCAUUCCGGAUCAAGGGAGCUGCGUCUCGACAGAACUCUGAAGAAGCAAGUCUUCCUGGAGAAGACAUUCCCGAUGAUAACAAAAGCUGCAACUGCGAGUUUGUGACGGAAGAUUUAACGCCAGGACUUAAAGUCAGCAUCAGGGCAGUGUGCAUCAUGAAAUUUCUUGUUUCCAAACGGAAGUUCAAGGAGAGCCUUCGGCCUUACGAUGUGAUGGAUGUCAUCGAGCAGUAUUCAGCCGGUCACUUGGAUAUGCUGUCCCGGAUUAAAAAUCUCCAGUCCAGGAUAGAUAUGAUUGUGGGUCCCCCGCCCCCUUCAACUCCCCGGCAUAAGAAGUAUUCAACCAAAGGACCCAUGCUCUCUUCCAAAGAGUCACCCCAAUACUCGUCUAGAGUUGACCAGAUUGUUGGACGAGGGACAUCAAUGACAGACAAGGAUCGAACUAAAGGGCCAGCAGAGGGGGAGCUUCCAGAAGACCCAAGCAUGAUGGGGAGGCUUGGAAAAGUUGAAAAGCAGGUUCUGUCCAUGGAGAAGAAGCUGGACUUUCUGGUGAAUAUUUACAUGCAGAGGAUGGGUAUCCCACCAACGGAAGCAGAAGCCUAUUUUGGGUCCAAAGAACCAGACCCGGCGCCACCCUACCACAGUCCAGAAGACAGCCGGGAGCACAUGGACAAAAAUGGCUGCAUCAUCAAGAUCGUCAGGUCUACCAGUUCAGUGGGACAAAAGAAUUUCUCUGCACCACCAGCCCCAACAAUGCCAAUCAACACAUGUCCCCCUUCAACGUCCUGGCAGCACCAGCCAUACCAGCGGCAUAGCCAUGGAUCCUCCCCAGUUGGAGAUCCUGGCUCUUUGGUAAGAAUCCCGCCCCCACCUUCACAUGAGCGCUCCUUGUCUGCUUACAGUAGCGGGAAGAGGGCCAGUGCUGAGUGCCUGAGGAACGAAGACAUUACAGCUAAACACCAUGACAGCGCCUUGAGAGACAGUGACACGUCCAUUUCCAUUCCAUCAGUCGAUCACGAGGAACUGGAACGCUCCUUUAGUGGAUUUAGCAUUUCCCAGUCCAAAGAAAAUUUGGACGUCCUUAACAAUGGUUGCUAUGCAGCAGUGGCUCCCUGUGCCAAAAUCAGACCCUACAUUGCAGAAGGAGAGUCAGACACUGAUUCUGACCUUUGCACACCUUGUGGCCCACCUCCCAGGUCAGCCACAGGUGAAGGACCUUUCAGUGACAUGGGCUGGUCAGCUCCAAGACAGUGAAGCAUCUUGACAUCUAUUGAGCCAAGUCAGAGCACUGGCCAGCCACCCACUCAUGCCAUCCCCAUGUCGAACUUCUUGAGGAGAUCUACAGCUAAGGUUUUAUGAAUCCAGAACAUACUUAGCUUGUGGAUAUUUACUUACAGCUUACUCUGGGGACAGACGCUGAGCCAGCAUUCAGUAGAAAGAGGCCACUGUGGUGAAUAAUUCGGAGCCUUGAAGUGUCUUGAUUUCUUUCAUACUAUCUUUCUAAGAUAAUUAAGUGAAACGAUAUCACAGUACAGGGUAGGGCAACCACAUUUCUUGGUAAUCCUUUAGGGUACAGGGCACAAAUAUCACCUGCCAGGGUUUUUUUUGGGGGGGAAGGGGGUUAACUGGUGACUGAACAUAUCUUUUACAUGGUAAUUACCAUACCGUGAUACUGCGUGAUUACACAGUCAAAUACUUUGGAGUUGCAAUGCGAUUACAUGAUUAUUUCUGUCUUGUAAAACAUUCCAGGUUACACGAUGAUUACUUUUGAAUUUGCGGAACGUGAUCCUCCAUUAACCAUUCGGGAAUGUAGUGUGAUUACCAUAUAAUUCAUGGAAGCCUAGUUGGCUCUUGGCAAAUUGGGGUGUUUACUUUCACGUUACAGUAUUGCCCUAAGAAAGACAUAUGCUGUCAGGAUGAGUCGAGGUAGAAUGUUAGCAGGCACCAUUUGAAACCAGAAUGAUUUUCAAAUUAAAUUUGUUACAUGGCUUAGGUGGAGGAGGAAGGUCAAAGACACAAAAUCUGUCUUUGAAGGCAAAGAGGAACACCACAUAGGACAUGGGAUAAGGCAUUUUACAUUUAAACUAUGUAUUAUAUUUAAUAGUGUACCCGUCAAAAUUUACAGAACGGGAAGCCAUAAUUCCACCAAUGGGGUUGUAGUAACUUGAAGUUGCUCUCGUAAUUUUUGAUAUUGCCAGCAGCACUGUGGUGAACUUACAGCCACAAGAGACACAGCUACGGGGAGAGGGACGUUACUCGAGAUACUGUGACCCCUCUGCUGUUGCAAGGCAAGGAAUGAGAGAACCAGCAGCGCCUGAGCCCUGUAACUCAAAAUAUUGCCCAUUUCGUACACCAUUCGCAUUAUGUCUGGAUGCUUUUGCAGCAAAGUUCCUUCCUCCUUUCCUCCACUACCCGAUCCUGGAUCACAAAGCUGUCCUUUGGACUUCUCCAUUGUUUGGUUAGAUCCUUCAUGUUGAGUCAUGAGGUGCUUCCUUGUUUCCUCCUGAUUUUUUUAUACACCUGUGACCUGUAUUUAUCCACAAGUGCUGGCAGUGGAAGAAUUUCUAUUUUUUUCCUCUUUCUCUUGAAAAGCCAGGUAAAGAUCAUGUCAUUGUUAUUGGCGCAUGAAGCUGGGGGAAAACUGAUGAUGCAGGAGGUUUUUCUCAGGACCAAAACAAAGUCACAAAGUGAUCUUUUACUGUCCCAGAGCUGCAGGGGUCACUCAAGGGGAUGGGUCAUAGGAAAUCUGGAUCAACAGUCAGGGCUGCUACACAGGAGCCCAUGCCCACUGAAUGCACCCAUUUACCUGGAGCCCUACACCUUGUGUGUUUUCUGAAAGGGAUAAACUGCAGUGGAGUCAGGAUUGUGCCAGCUAUUUGUGUCCUUCUCUCUCCCCGCCCCCCCGCCAAUGUCAAUGGCCAGUUUUCAUGAUAUUUCAAAUAUAUGGCAUGCCCCCAUUUCCCUUAGGCCUUGCUGCAUCUAAUACAAGUGUGAUCCUUUCAUUUUGCAAGGUUGACCUUCUGAUGGUGAGAGGAGAAAUUGGUGUAUUAGUUCCUUCCGGUCAUUAGGAGAAGCAUCCUGGGAAGCUAAGGAGGGAAAAGACAAAUUUAGGCAUAAUGCACUGCAAUUCAGUGGUAUCGGGGGGGUGCACACAAUCUGGCAGCCAUAAAACACCAUCUAGAGGGAAACAUACAGCUCUUGUCCCAGAACUCAAUGUGAUUCCAUGAGAUUCUCUAGAACAUGAAGUCUUUAAAACGAGAUUUGAGGACUUUAGUGAGAGGUUACCUAUUGCAGGAGUGGGUGGGGGAAGUUUUAUGGCCUGCAGGGUGAAGGGGGUCAGACAAGAUGAUCACACUGGUCUUUUCUGGCCUUAAAGUCUAUGAGUCUGUGAGAUUUACCCACCAGGGCAGGAAAUUCCCUGCUGAACAGGUGGGUCUUUAUGGUUUCUGGAGGGAAAAUAAAACAAUUCUUUUAUACAUCUAAUCAGGGCCAACAUGCAGCACUUGCCUGGGAGUGGUGGGGGAAAAUGAUAUAUAAUCUUCAAAUCCAAUUAGCCUCAAUAUAUGAGUGAAAGGGAAGUAACCUACUCUUUUUAGGGGGUCCUGUGCAUCUAUGUCUCCAAGGAUAGAGAGGAGGGACCUUUGCAGGUCCAGAGCUUCCUCCCUAUUUCUGCCAUAUUCUGCAAUUCUUUCUUCCCCAUUCAAGCUGCCUGGAGCCUUCUUUUGGCUCUAGAAUUCCUAAUCAGGAGUAGCUCCUGUGAUGUAUCUAACUAAAAGUAAUUAGUGUAUGAUACACCUAACCUUAAUAAGAGUGUUUGCUUUGAAUUUGGAACUAUCAUACAUUAAAAUCCAUAUUUAUAAAGGGCAGGUUAUUCCCACGCUCUCUCUAAACUCACCCGGCCUGACUUUCAUAAGAUGUGGCCCACAGGCUACAUUUACAUGGAAAAUUGCUGCACAUGAAUGUAUAAAUCUGGCUUUUGCCCAUGCAACUGUAUUUAAGCAUGU